UUAUAUUACACUUAUUAAUUGUUUUCUAAAUUUUCUUGCUGUCAUAACAUAUAAUUGUCGCUGCGGUUUAACCUGUAAUGUCGAAUAUAGAUUAUAACAUCAAUUAUGGUUUCUUAUAAUGCUACACACAGUAAUUUAAUAACAAAUUUGUUUUAUCUCAGUCGGAACAGUUCUUUCAAAUAAAACGUGUAAUACAUAUUUAUUAUAUGUAUUAAGAAGAAUAGAUAAAGUAUUAUUUAAAUAUUAUAUAAUAGUAUAAUAUCAUCCUAAUUUAUUCGUAGUGAUAGAAAAUAUUAUAAAAAAAAGAUUAAAAAGUAGUCAAAAUGGCCGAAUUGGUAACGAAUUUAAAAGUAGUGCGAGAUAAAAUUAUUGCUGCUUCUGCUAGAAGGCUACCCGAAUACAAGUAUUUUGAGCCACGUUUAGUAGCUGUGAGUAAAUUGAAAUCAGUUGAAUUAAUUGUGGAUGCGUAUAAAGCUGGUCAAAGACAUUUUGGAGAAAAUUAUGUCAAUGAAUUAGUUGAAAAAGGAAAUCACUCAAGUAUUUUAGAAACAUGUACAGAUAUACGUUGGCAUUUUAUUGGCCACCUUCAACGUAAUAAAAUAAACAAAUUAUUAACUACUCCAAAUUUGUAUAUUAUUGAAACAAUAGAUAAUGAAAAACUUGCAUCAGCAUUAAAUACUUCUUGGUCUAAAAUUAGAGUACAUGAAAAUUUGAAAUUAAAAGUAAUGGUACAGGUGAAUACUAGCAACGAACAAGAAAAGAAUGGUUGUGAAAUCACAGAUGUUUGUACUCUUGUUCAGCAUAUUAUCGAUAACUGUACAAGUUUAGAAUUUGUAGGUCUUAUGACAAUAGGCAUGUUUGGAUAUGAUCUCGCUAAAGGACCAAAUCCUGAUUUUUUGCGUCUGAAAGAAUGUAGAGAAAAAGUUUCAAAAGAAUUGGGUAUUGAUUUAAAUAAGAUAGAGUUAUCAAUGGGAAUGUCAAAUGAUUAUGAACAUGCGAGUUGGGAAGUACUAAUAUUAGAGUUGGUACUGCUAUAUUUGGGGAAAGGGCGAAAAAGGAUACCUAAUGAAAUACAUAUUUUUUGUAUAAUAUUUGUAUAAAUAUAUUGUAUAAUAUCGUUAUAAAUAUAAUUUAUAAUGUGUAGGUUGGUUGGUCUUUACAGUAAUAUACUACUGUUGUAGGAAACAUUUUGGAAAAAUUUUAAUAAUUUCAAGUGAUAAAGUUAGAUAAAAUACUUUUCAUAUAUGUAUCGAUAGAUACAUAAAAUAUGUAUGAAGAGUUGAACGAUAUUGUAAAGUUCUUAAAUGAUUAUUUCUCUUCUUAAAUACAGAGAUAAAUACAGAGUGAUCAUAAAGUCUCAAUGUA